ACCAGGGGUUUAAAAGUUAAAACUGCUUCAGAAGAGGGAGGGAGGAGGAGGGAGAAAGAAUCAAAGAAGCAGAGCAAAAGGGGUUGGCCACUUCUCCAAGAGCGCCAGAUUCAGUCAUUACUAGGUCAAAGCAAUCUUAAGGUGGUUCAAAAUACAAUGCGAUGAAGGGCAGCAAGGGGACCCAUGAUCUUGAUGGUUCUGAACUUGACAACAAAACAAUUUCACUUCAUGAUCAGUUCUCUACACAGCUAUCAUUAUCUAGCUCCAAUGAUGUGAUCAUGAACAGGAAGGAUGCUGCAACUUCUCUGGGUACUGACAAGGAGAUUCCAUCAGCCAUCCCUCAUUGGCCAUUGAAGAGUGUUAAGCAGGAUGCCACUGAGGAGGAGGUAAUUAAAUGGAGGCUACAAAUGAAUGGUUUUCCCUUUAUUCUUUCAGAUUCGGAGUGUGGUGAUUCUUCAUAUGAUAGCUCUCUCAGUGAACAGUCAUCUAUAAUCAGUAGCCCAUGUGUGUCAUUCACAAUACAUUCAGAUACUCAGUCUGAGGAUCUUGACAGAACAGAUAUCUGGGUCUCUUCUUUAGACCUUGAUGCCGAGGACUCCGCCUUGCUUCCGGACAAGGAACAAUUUAUGGAUAUCUUUAGUUCUGACUUCCCGAGCCCUUCUUUCAGUACAGUCAGAAGCCUUCAAUUUUGUCCUUCCAGUUCUAGUCCAGGAACAUCACAGCGGGAAAAAGCCAAUGACUCUGAUGAACCAAUAUUUUGGCCAUUAGAGCGCGCUUCCUAUAACAGUCCUGAAUUUGACAAAUUUCUGAGUGUGUCGCCACGUAGAAACACAAUGGAUAUCGGGUAUGCUGAAGUUCACCAUUUAAAUCCAAUCUUGCAGAGGCUCCACAAGAACAAACUAUCUUCAGGCAAGAAAAACAUUGAGCCACGUCGAGGUACUGUCAGUUUGGAUGCAAAAGGAACCAGAGCCUCCCAAGAUAAGAUUCAGAAGGCGGCUUCAGUUCCCUCCAGGUUGAGCAGGACAAUAAAAGCAUCCUCCAAGCACCAGCAAGUGAGCAACUUUGAGAAAAAAAGGCCACCUCAUUUGAAAAUUGGCACUCCAGGAAAGGUCAGAUCUCCGCAAUUGUGGGCAGAUAAUCUGCCUCGUCGAGAGAUUGAAGCAGGCAACAUCCAAAAUGUAGCGGAUAAGAAGAGUCCGAUAGAAGAGUUGAUCGGAUUGGAUGAGUUUGAUGGCCAUGAAGGCAUCAGCUCGGAUUCGUCAGACUACCAAUUUAGUCUCUGGUUAUCUCCAAGAUAGUUGGCCUGUGCAAUCAGCCUAAUGUAAGCAUGCAUCUACCAUUAGCCUUCUGCAUAGGUUCGUCUAUCUCCAUAGGUCUGUAGCAACCAGCAGCUUGCUGUACCAUGCCGCCCUAGGUUGCAGUUUUAAGUAUCUGUGUUUUGGCAUUUCUGUGAGGCCAAAGGCAAGGUCUUUUGUACACCGGCUGAUACGUUGUUUUGAAACCGGCGAUUUAGGACUGUUGUCUGAUACUGGUUUCAGAUCAAAUUUUGGCAGUGAUCAGAUAGUUUUCGCUCCCUUUUUUUUUUUUUGCUUCCUUACCGGAGCUUUCCUUUCAAAGUUUGCAAAGAUGUAUGGUUGCAUCUGCAGUACAAUUGGCACUUGUAUUCUUCAGCGCUUUGUCGCGUGAUGCGUUGCUUGUCGGGCCGAGAACUAUUUGGAAGGUAGCAAAAUUUUUGUUCAGGUUCGGUGUA